CGCCCUUUCAGCAACCCAGCACCGCUGGGCAACUCCGGCUUUGCCGUGUCUACCUUCGUCUCUGCUCUCCACACCGGUGCCAUCGGCAUAGCCGCUGGCGCCCCUCCAAACAUCGUCACUGGUCUCGCUCUCUUCUACGGCGGCAUGGCACAGGUGCUGGCAGGCGCGUGGGCCUUUGCCUCGAACAACGGCUUUGGUGCAGUUGUCUUCACAUCCUACGGCUGCUACUGGAUGUCGUAUGCGGCAACACUCAUCCCCGGGUUCGGCAUUGCCGACACACUGAGCAGCAUGACAGCUGACAUGCGCGCCCAAUCCCUGGGCAUCUUCAAUCUUGUGUGGGUCCUGCAGACGUUCAUUUUCCUGCUUGGUUCCUCGCGCAGCAACUGGGGCACAUUCAUGCUUUUGCUGUUCCUCCUGGCGACAAACAUCCUGACGUGCGCCGGCAACUGGACGCAGAGCGAGAGCGUGCUGCAUGCCAGCGGCUACGUCGGCAUGCUGACCGCCAUUAUUGCCUGGUAUAAUGUCGCCGUUGAUAUGCUGACCAAGGAGACCUUUUACUUCCAGCUGCCC